AAAAUAAGAAUCGGAAAUCAACUGACCCCUUCAUUUGAAGGCGCUAAGUGGUACAGUCCAGGAAGUUGCGCGUUAUCACUUCCGGGCUAGCUAGAAACACGUGUGUACCGGAGAAACUUGAGGAAUGGCUCAGAAGAAACGCAAGGGAUCUCGGGGACGGAAGCCUUCUAAACACCAAGAAGGAGAUGACAGUGACACUGGAGAGUUCGAUGUACAGGCUGGGGUACCAGAAGUCGAUCAAGUGCAUCUUCCAGCUUUCCCCGCAGCAGACGGGGACUCCGAUAUGGAAUUGGACGACACCAGACAAAUGGUCCGGGCACAGAAUAAAAAGAAAAAGAAAUCUGGAGGGUUCCAGUCAAUGGGUCUCAGUUACCCUGUCUUUAAGGGAGUAAUGAAGAAAGGCUACAAGGUUCCUACUCCCAUCCAGAGAAAGGUGGUCCCAGUUAUUUUAGAUGGUAAGGAUGUGGUAGCCAUGGCUAGGACGGGCAGUGGCAAGACUGCUUGCUUCCUCAUCCCCAUGUUUGAGAAGCUGAAAGCUCACAGUGCCCAGACCGGAGUCCGUGCUUUAAUUCUGUCACCCACUCGAGAGCUCGCCCUGCAGACUCUAAAAUUCACCAAGGAGCUUGGGAAAUACACCGGUCUGAAGACAGCCCUGAUUUUAGGUGGAGACAAAAUGGAAGAUCAGUUUGCCGCUCUGCAUGAAAACCCAGACAUAAUCAUUGCCACACCUGGCCGUCUGAUGCACGUAGCGGUCGAGAUGAACCUUAAGCUGCGCACUGUAGAAUAUGUGGUGUUUGAUGAAGCCGACAGACUUUUUGAGAUGGGCUUUGCAGAGCAGCUGCAGGAAAUUAUUGCGCGUCUGCCGGAGACCCGUCAGACAUUGCUUUUUUCUGCCACCCUUCCCAAGAUGCUGCUUGAAUUUGCCCGGGCUGGUCUCACAGAGCCGGUGCUAAUCCGUCUUGAUGUUGACACGAAACUAAGUGACCAGUUAAAGUUGGCCUUUUUUCAAUUACGCGUGGAAGAUAAACCUGCCGUGCUCCUUCAUAUUCUGCGCUGUGUAGUGAAGCCUCAGGAACAAACGGUGAUCUUUGUAGCCACUAAACACCACGCUGAAUACUUAAGAUUGAUGCUGGACAUGCAGGGUAUCCCCUGUUCUCAUAUAUAUAGCUCUCUGGAUCAGACUGCGAGAAAGAUUAACCUGGGCUUGUUUCUACAUGGGAAAGUCCGUGCUCUUAUAGUCACAGAUGUGGCCGCCCGUGGUAUAGACAUCCCAAUGUUGGACAAUGUCAUCAACUACAACUUCCCCCCUAAGCCAAAACUUUUUCUGCAUCGUGUAGGUCGUGUUGCAAGAGCAGGGCGUAGUGGCACAGCUUACUCUCUCGUUGCUAUAGAUGAAACCCCCUACGUGUAUGACCUUCACCUUUUCUUGGGGAGACCCCUUAAACUGGCAGGAGCACAGGGGCCAAACACAGAUACGGAUGGGGUAUAUGGUCGAGUUCCUCAAAGCGUGAUUGAUGACGAAGAUGCUUUGCUGAUCACUGAUCAUGAACGGUCUCUGGAACUGAAGAGCCUCCAGCAUGUGGCAGAGAAUGCUUACAAACAUUACUGCAAGUCUAGGCCUGCUCCAGCCUCUGAAUCCAUAAAACGAGUCAAGGAGGCGAAUUACAGUCAGUUGGGUCUUCACCCCAUAUUCUGGUCUCUUCUUGGUCAAGAGGAAAUGCAAAGGCUGACGUUUGUCGACAGUAUCAAAUCCUACAAAUCUAAAGCAACCAUCUUUGAAAUUAAUGCUACAAACAAAACAACAGCAAGUGAAGUUAUGCGAGCUAAACGCUGUCGGGACAAAGGCGUCAUUGCCAAAUUCCAGCGCCUGCAAGAUGAGAAAGCUAGUGAAACGGUCCAGGCAUCCACCAGUGGGACGUCGGUUCUUCCCUCCGAACCAGAAGUUGAUGAAGAAAAUAUGGAGGGAGUCUUUUCACAAGUGCUUGGAAAGAGAAAAAGAAAGGACACCGGGGAUCACGAGGGUCCCAAAAAGAAGAAAGAAGCAUCUUCCCAUGACUCGGAGUAUUAUAUUCCAUACAGGCCUAAGGAUUUUGAUAGCGAGCGUGGGCUCAGCGUUGCUGGUAACAACUUUGAGAAAGCAGCAGCAGGGGCAGUACUGGAUUUACUGGGCGAUCAGACCGAGGAUCUCCAAAAGAACAAGAAAGUCCUGAAGUGGGAUCGCAAGAAGAAGAAGUUUGUAGGAGCAGGUGGACAAGACGACAAGAAGAAAAUUAGGACAGAAAGCGGCCGACUCAUUAACAGCUCUUAUAAAAAGAACAUCUAUGAGGAUUGGAAGAAGAAAUACAAAAUAGAUGACCAGGAUUCUGAUGAGGAAGGAGAGAGGCAAGCUGGAAAAAAUCACAGGAAAGGGAGAGGUGGACGGAGUGGAUCUCGAGGACCCAGACCAGAGACCCCUGGCGCACAUGGAAAACUUCGCCCCGAGCUGCGCAAUAAGCAGCAGAUCCUUAAGCAGAGAAGAAUUAAAGAGAAGCAGAGAUUCCUGCAAAGUGGGGGGAUGAAGACAUUAAAGAACAAAGUAAAGCAGAGAGCCCAGACUAUGAAGAAAUCUGCAUUUGGCAGAGGCAAGACCAAUGGUUUUAAGAAAGGAAAGAUAAGGAAGAGGCCUUGAUUUUAAGAGGUCUAUGAAUUAACUGUUUCAGUUCCAGCAUAUUCUGCAUACAGCCCACGGUAUAAUAGGUGCCUGACCUAUGUGUGUGGUAAAAAGUACAGUCUCUUAGUCUGUUUUGGGCUUAAAUAUUACAUCUAUGAACUAGAAUAACCAGUAUCAUCCUGCACAAGCACACAGCCUGGGAGGAAAACCAUCAUCAGUUAAUACGUUUCUUGUAUCGUGUAAUUCUUUCUUCCAGGGAUUCAAAGUGUCUCCAUUACACAUUGCAAAUAUGUUUCUAAUAUGUGCAUUACAGUAUCCCUGGGUACAUGAGUGACAUAGCUCUAUUGUCAUCGGAACAUAAUGCAAGAAACUUACAAAGAUGUGUAUUUUAUUAAAUACAUUCUUUCCA